AUGUCCUCCGAUUUCAAGGUUGCUAUCUCCCACAAGAGAGAUAUUUCUACAGACGAUCAAAGUCCUCGCAAGAAAAUGACCCAAGAAAGCACUGGCAAGUGCCCUGUCGUGCACACUGCCGACACUGGCAGGAAGAACCCCGAUUGGUGGCCCAAUGCCGUCAAGCUCAACAUCCUCCGCCAGCACAACCCCUCCAGCAACCCGUACGGCCCCGACUUCGACUACGCCGCUGCGUUUAAGUCCCUCGACUACAAUGGCCUCAAGAAAGAUCUCCAUGCUCUCAUGACUGACUCCCAGGACUGGUGGCCGGCCGAUUUCGGUCACUAUGGCGGUCUGUUCAUUCGCAUGAGCUGGCACGCCGCCGGCACUUACCGCGUCUUUGAUGGCCGUGGUGGCGGUGGCGAGGGCCAGCAGCGUUUUGCUCCCCUCAACAGCUGGCCCGACAACGGUAACCUUGACAAGGCCCGUCGUCUCCUCUGGCCCAUCAAGCAGAAGUAUGGCAACAAGAUCAGCUGGGCUGAUCUGCUUGUUCUCGCCGGUAACGUGGCUCUUGAGUCCAUGGGCUUCAAGACCUUUGGCUUCGCCGGUGGCCGUGCCGACACCUGGGAGUCUGACGAGGCCGUCUACUGGGGCUCCGAGCCUGAGUGGAUGACCGACAGCCACCGCUACGGCAAGGACUCUAGUGGCAAGCGUGACCCCGAGAGCCUUGAGAAGCCUCUUGGUGCUCAGAUCAUGGGUCUCAUCUACGUCAACCCUGGUGUUGAGGACCCCGUCGUUGCUGCUCACGACAUCCGCACCACCUUUGGCCGCAUGGCCAUGAACGACGAGGAGACUGUCGCUCUCAUUGCUGGUGGCCACACCUUUGGCAAGACCCACGGUGCUGCUCCCGACAGCAACGUCGGUGCCGAGCCGGCUGGCGCCGGCAUCGAGGCUCAAGGCUUUGGAUGGAAGAACGCCCACAACUCUGGCAAGGGCCCUGAUGCCAUCACCUCUGGCCUUGAGGUUACCUGGACCAAGACCCCUACAAAGUGGAGCAACCAGUUCUUCGAGUACCUCUUCAAGUUCGAGUGGGAGCUCACCAAGAGCCCUGCUGGCGCUCCCCAGUGGGUUGCCAAGAACGCGGAGCCUUUCAUCCCUGAUGCUUUCGACCCCAGCAAGAAGCACCUCCCCAAGAUGCUGACAACUGAUCUGUCGCUCCGCAUGGAUCCCGCUUACGAGAAGAUCUCUCGCCGCUUCCUCGAGAACCCCGAUCAGUUCGCGGAUGCGUUUGCCCGCGCUUGGUUCAAGCUGCUGCAUCGCGAUCUGGGUCCUAAGGCUCUCUACAUCGGACCCGAGAUUCCCUCUGAGGAUCUCCUCUGGCAGGACCCUAUCCCUGCUCUGAACCACCCUGUUGUCGACAACAACGAUGUUGCUGCUCUCAAGAAGGCUAUUCUCGACACUGGCCUCAGCACCUCCAAGCUCGUCUCCACUGCUUGGGCUUCUGCCUCUACUUUCCGUGGUAGCGACAAGCGUGGUGGUGCCAACGGUUCCCGCAUCCGUCUCGCCCCCAUGAAGGACUGGGAGGUCAACAACCCCGGUCAGCUCGCCGAGGUUCUCAAGCAGCUCGAGGGUAUCCAGAAGAAGUUCAACGACUCCCAGAGCGGCGGCAAGCGUGUCUCGAUUGCCGAUCUUAUCGUUCUUGGUGGUGCUGCUGGUGUCGAGCAGGCGGCCAAGGGCGCUGGUGUCGACAUCACCGUCCCCUUCACUCCUGGUCGCAUGGACGCCACUGCGGAGCAGACUGACGUUGAGUCCAACAACUACCUCGAGCCCAUUGCCGACGGUUUCCGCAACUACGCCGGUCGCGCUGCCAUCGACCGCCUGGAGCACUGGGUCGUGGACCGCGCUCAGCUGCUCACUCUCACUCCUCCCGAGCUUGCCGUGCUCAUUGGCGGCCUCCGCACCAUCAACGUCAACUACGACGGCUCCUCCAACGGUGUCCUCACCUCGCGCCCUGGUACUCUGAGCAAUGACUUCUUCACCAACCUCCUCGACAUGAACACUGUCUGGGAGCCCAUCCAGCCCGAGUCUGGUGUUUACAAGGGUAGUGACCGCAAGUCUGGGCAGCAGAAGUGGACUGCCACCCGUGUCGAUCUUAUCUUCGGUUCGCACGCUGAGCUCCGCGCUCUUGGCGAGGUCUAUGCCCAGGCCGACAAUGCCCAGAAGUUUGCCAAGGACUUUGUCGCUGCUUGGGACAAGGUCAUGAACCUGGACCGUUUCGACGUCAAGGUCGCCAGCAAGCCUCGUCUGUAA